AUGGAGGUCGAGCGAGCUCACAUGCCUUCCAGUUUCGACCUCACUUCCGGCAACAUUCCCGCCUUUUCGUUUCCCGAGGUGUCCGCGCCGUUGAAAGCGACUGAUGGAGUAUCCGAGAACGGCGGCGAGCGGGUGACCGCGGCUUCUCCGGAGACUCCAGCCGCCUCUCUCGUCAGGUGCCCGUCUACUGCGGCGAUGAAGCUUCAGAAGGUUUAUCGGAGCUAUCGGACCCGGCGCAUGUUAGCAGACUCCGCCGUGGUUGCUGAAGAACUGUGGUGGCGAGCGCUGGAUUUUGCGAGGCUAAAUCACAGUACGAUCUCUUUUUUCAACUUCCUGAAGCCGGAGACGGCGGCGUCUCGGUGGAAUCGAGUCAGAUUGAAUGCUUCCAAGGUGGGCAAGGGUCUUUCUAAGGAUGCCAAAGCACAAAAGUUAGCCUUCCAGCACUGGAUUGAAGCUAUCGAUCCAAGGCACCGUUAUGGCCACAGCUUGCAUAUUUACUACGAGGAGUGGUGUAAAACUAGCGCUGGCCAACCUUUCUUCUACUGGUUGGAUCUUGGAGAUGGCAAAGAGGUGGAUCUAAAAGAGUGCCCGAGAUCAAAGCUUCGCCAACAGUGCAUCAAGUACCUCGGCCCAAAAGAGAGAGAUCAUUAUGAAUACUAUGUCGUUGAUGGGAAACUUCUGCAUAAAUUAACUGGGGAACCUCUAGAUACAAGCAAAGGAUCUCCAGGAUCAAAAUGGAUUUUUGUGAUGAGCACCUCUAAGAAACUCUACUCAGGAGAGAAAAAGAAAGGAUUAUUCCACCAUUCAAGCUUUCUUGCUGGAGGUGCUACUUUAGCUGCCGGAAGGCUAAUUGUCGAGGAUGGAGUGCUUAAAAGCAUCUCAGCUUACAGUGGGCACUAUAAGCCAACAGAUGACAGCCUUGACACCUUUUUAUUAUUUCUCAAGGAAAAUGGAGUUGAUCUGGAUAAAGUGGAGAUACGCAAGGCAAAUGAUGAUUACGAGACCAACGAGAGCGAGAAAGUGUCGAGCUCGGAUUCAAUCCCGAGCAACCUAUCCCAAGAGGACGAGCUUCCUUCCGAAACAACCGAGCAAGCCUCCAACCCAGAAAAUAAGACCGAGUACCAGAGAUCUCUCUCGGGUGGCCUCCAGAGCCCCAAAGCAGACGUGCCCAAGAAAGCCAUACUUGAAAGGAUUAAUUCCAAAAAGGCUGCGAGUUCGUAUCAGCUGGGCCAUCAGCUCUCGGCCCGGUGGUCCACAGGGGCAGGCCCAAGAAUCGGCUGUGUGGCAGACUAUCCGGUGGAACUGAGGCUCCAGGCCUUGGAAUUCACGAACCUCUCCCCAAGGACGGGCAGCCGCCCGACGUUGCUCACACCCAAAAGGAGUGGGGCUCUUGUUUCGCAGUCUUCUUGCCCGGCGGGCUUGGGCCAUGAUGAUUUGGAAGCACUUUGA